CAACGGUCAUUAUUACACGACCAAAAAGAAAACCCCUUUAACUAACACUUCCUGUCCAACACCAUUGAAACUCUUAGUUCCAGAAUUUCAUCAAUGGAAACUCUAUUAAACCCGUCAAAAACAGCAAAACUCUUUGUACCCAAUAUCCCCCUCUUUAAAUCCUCCUUUCUUCAUUCCGCUUUCAAUCCCCAAACCCGUAUUCUCUUUAACAGAAAAACUCUCUCUUUCACCAUUACUGGCAAAGCCAAAACCUCUCAAGGUCGUAAAACCGAUGGCAAGAAUAUAUCCAAGAAGAUUUUGUUAUCAGAUUCUGCGCCAGAACUGAGUAAUGAAGAAGUUGAGCCUAAGCCAAAGAAUGGAGGUGGAGCUUGGGGGCUGGUUAGGAAGCUGCCCAAAAGGGUUUUGGCUGUUUUGUCGAACUUGCCUUUGGCUAUUGGAGAAAUGUUCACUGUUGCUGGCCUUAUGGCUCUUGGUACUGCAAUUGAUCAAGGUGAAGCCCCAGAAUUCUAUUUCCAAAAAUACCCUGAAGAAAAUCCAGUUUUGGGAUUCUUCACUUGGAGAUGGGUUCUCACCCUGGGAUUAGACCACAUGUUCUCAUCUCCCAUUUUCCUUGGAACGUUAGUUCUUCUGGCUACUUCACUUAUGGCCUGCACUUACACAACACAAAUCCCCCUUGUUAAAGUUGCAAGAAGAUGGAGGUUUUUGCAGUCAGCUGAUGCUAUCAGAAAGCAGGAAUUCUCUGACACUCUUCCAAGAGCGUCAGUAAAAGACUUGGGUGUUGUUCUCAUGGCAGCUGGAUAUGAGGUUUUCUUGAAAGGACCAUCACUGUAUGCUUUUAAGGGGCUGGCUGGUCGAUUUGCCCCAAUUGGAGUACAUUUAGCAAUGCUGCUGAUAAUGGCAGGUGGAACUCUUAGUGCAACUGGGAGCUUCAGAGGGUCCGUCACAGUUCCACAGGGGCUCAAUUUUGUUGUAGGAGAUGUGUUGGGCCCAACAGGGUUUCUUUCCACUCCAACUGAAGCUUUCAAUACUGAAGUUCAUGUGAACCGAUUCUACAUGGACUACUAUGACAGUGGAGAGGUUUCACAAUUUCACACUGACUUAUCAUUAUUUGAUCUCAAUGGGAAGGAAGUAAUGAGGAAAACACUUAGUGUAAAUGACCCCUUAAGAUAUGGUGGGUUCACCAUAUACCAGACAGAUUGGAGCUUUUCAGCACUGCAGAUACUUAAGGAUGACGAGGGACCUUUCAAUUUGGCAAUGGCACCGCUAAAGCUAAAUGGAGACAAGAAGCUUUUUGGGACCUUUCUACCAGUAGGGGACACAAAUUCUCCUAACAUCAAGGGAAUAUCAAUGCUUGCUCGUGAUCUGCAGUCCAUUGCCCUAUAUGAUCAACAAGGGAAAUUUGCUGGAGUCCGACGACCUAACUCUAAGCUUCCUAUUGAGAUUGAUGGAACAAAAAUUGUUGUUGUUGAUGCAAUUGGCAGUAGUGGUCUUGACUUGAAGACUGAUCCAGGGGUCCCAAUUGUCUAUGCUGGGUUUGGUGCUCUAAUGCUCACAACUUGCAUCAGUUUCUUAUCUCAUGCGCAGAUAUGGGCCUUGCAAGAUGGAACAACAGUAAUUGUGGGGGGAAAGACUAAUCGGGCCAAGGCUGAAUUUCCAGAUGAGAUGAAUCGCCUGCUUGAUCGGGUUCCUGAAAUAGUUCAGUCAUCUAUUUCCAAGCAACCCGAUAGCAUUGGUGGCUAGUUUUUGAGUCAUCUGAUAGGCAAAAAGCAUGAGAACCCAGGCUGCUACAAUUUUGAAGUUUCAGGUAAAAUCAAGACAUUGUUCCAUUUCACCUUCAUUCCAACUUAAAAAGUGACAGUACUUUAAGUGAGACAUUGCGUACCGUAGUCAUGGACGACGCCAAAGUCACACCUUGGGAGCAGAGGAGCCAAAUUUGAAUUCCUGAAUGUAUAGUUAUUUAUUGUGGUUCACAAGGCAAAGAAUCCAAGCCUAAUUCCAUAUCCACCAAUUAUUAUUCGAACCACUCAGGACUUAGAGCUUCAAACUACCAAGAAUAUAUAUAUAUAUAUGUAUAUGUUAAUAGCAAUACCAUUCUUUUUGGUUCCUUUAACAUUUUCUAUCAUUACGAUCUCUUUACCAAGAUUUCCUCUUACCAUAACAAAGAUCAUAUGAUUCUGGGUUUGGCAUGCAUUUAUGUAUACAUACGUCUCUAAGCAUAAAAAAGCAGAGAGGGAAGCAAAAAGGGGAAAAAAGUUGAGAAGAAGAGACAAUCUUGAAUGACAAAAUAGUAUUACUACUUUUCCUUUUUCUCUACAUUUUUUCAGUAAAAUGGGUAAGUUCAUGUUGACAUGCGUGGGAGUCUUCUACAAAUAUGAUUUUGAUCUCUCGCCAACCAGUUGGUGCAACCAGUUAAUCUGGAAGAACGGAUCCCAGCAUGAUAGCUAACGUGAAAAACAUGCUUCCAUGGUUAUUGUGAAAACAACGCUCCAUCAAAAGAAGGUCUAGGCUUCUCACAAGUUAAGAAAUGCAAAAUUCUAGGAACUGUGACUUUCAACUGUCAUAUUUCUAUAAAUGUCAUUGAUGUUGUUGUUAGAUAUCCCAAGAUAAAGUGUCUCUUUCUUUAAAUGCCAGUAGCACUGGUAUGGCUUUACAAUGCCCACGACGAAGGGAUCAGUUAACGGGGAAAGCAACGAGCCAACGACCCUGAUCCUGUCCCCCUGGAAAUUGACCACGUAAAGACGAGUGAUUACGCUUUCUACCAUUUUUCAAGUUCGGAAAUCCCGCAAGGCUGUAACCAUUUGUAAAAUCCAAGUGUUUUGUGUAGAUGUUUGGUUUGGAAUCGUACUCAUAAAAUUUGGCAUAAAUAUUGUAAAAAUAAUGAUUUUGGCAGGGCAGUUAUGUUUGGUUUUCUUCAUUCCAUCUGAUUUAUUGAAAAAAAUUCAAGAAA